AUGCCCUUCAUAAAAGAGGCCUCCGCCUCUGGGGUCAGAGUUGCUCCUUCGCGCCUCCGCUCGGCCUCCACGUGCGCCCCUCCGACGCCCAUGGCUGCUGCAGCCCCCGCGUCCGCCCUGCUCCGCGUGCCGCCGCCGCUGGUGCUGCUGCUGCUGGCCUUCUCGGUCGGGCCGUCGGCUCCGGCACCGCCCUGCCCCGCGGCCUGCGAGCGGACGCGCUGCCCUCCGCGCUCGCCGCAAGCCUGCGCUGCCGUCGGGGGCCUUUUCCAGCCCGACCGCUGCGGCUGCUGCUGGGAGUGCGCGCCUGGAGAGGGCCAGCCGUGCGGCCCGGGCAGCCUUUGCGCGCACGGCCUCUUCUGCUCGCGGCCCUCCGGGAGCCGGCAACGGGGCACCUGCUCGUGCGCAGAGUCCCCCCUGCCCGUCUGCGGCAGCGACGGCCGCACCUACCGCAGCCUCUGCCAGCUGCGGGCGGAGAACCAGCAGAAGCGCCUGCGGGACCAGCCGGCGAUCAUCGCUGUGCAGAAGGGCAGCUGCGGAGAAAAAAGUGAGGCGGCGGCGGCGGUAGUGAUUCUAGGGUCUCAGUGCCUUUGUCUCACAGGUGCUGUGGAUACUAAUAGCCUGCGCUACAAGUUCAACUUCAUUGCUGAUGUGGUUGAGAAGAUUGCUCCUGCUGUUGUGCACUUGGAACUCUUCCGCAGGUUGCCUUACUCGAACAAAGAGGUCCUGGUGUCCAGUGGUUCGGGCUUCAUUGUGUCCGAGGAUGGUCUGAUCCUCACCAAUGCUCAUGUUCUCACUAACAAGCAGAGGAUCCAAGUGGAGCUCAAGAGUGGUCAUCAGUUCGAUGCCAAAGUCAAAGAAAUUGACCACAAGCUGGACAUUGCCCUGAUCAAGAUAAACACCAAUAUGGUUCUCCCAGUUCUCCUGUUGGGCAGGUCCUCUGACCUUCGGCCUGGGGAAUUCGUGGUGGCUCUGGGCAGUCCUUUCUCCUUGCAAAACACUGUGACAACUGGAAUUGUCAGCAGCACUCAGAGAGAUGGCAGAGAGCUUGGGCUGAAGGACUCCGAUAUGGAAUACAUCCAGACAGACGCCAUUAUCAAUUAUGGAAAUUCUGGAGGGCCCUUGGUGAAUUUGGAUGGAGAAGUCAUUGGGAUGAACACAUUGAAGGUGACAGCUGGCAUUUCCUUCGCCAUCCCUUCAGAUCGAAUCCGCCAGUUCCUAGAGGAGUCUCACAAUCGCCAGGUGAAAGGGAAGACCAGACCCAAGAAAAAGUACUUGGGACUCCGCAUGCUUCCUCUCACUUUCAAUCUUGUCCGCGAGCUGAGGCGGAGAGAUAGAGAUUUCCCAGACCUGAGCUCCGGGGUCUACGUCUAUGAAGUGAUUCAAGGAACAGCUGCUGCAAGUGCUGGCUUCAGAGAUGGGGAUGUCAUCAUAGCAAUUAACGGAAAAACUGUUACUUCGACCAGAGAUGUAAUGGAUGCUGUGCAGAACACCAACAUCUUGGCCAUAGUGGUGCGGCGAGGAAACGAAGAUGCCAUCUUGACAGUGACUCCAGAUGAAAUUGAUUAAAAAUUGCCCUUUUGUAGCAAAGGAAGGUGUGAAACCUUAAAUUGCAACCUUUCAACAAGAGGCAUGGAGGAGAAGGGAUGAUCCCAGGUAAAAAGUGUGCAACAAGCAAGUGCAAGGAGUUAAUUUCUUUUUAAAGGCCCUUCCAUCCAAGUGGGACCAAGGCAAAAAGCUACAUUUCCAUAACAACUAUGUAGUUAGAAAGGAGAUGACGUUCACUUGUCCCAAUCAAGGCAAGAACUUCUGGGCAAAAAUCCUACUCCACAAGGAAUUAUGGAGUAGUCCAACACCCAUUUUAUGGAGGGGUCGGGAGCAGUCAGAGGUUGAACACCGCUGAGGAAGGUGCAUCAAUUGCCAACAGUUGUCUGCAAGAUAACAAGUACA